ACAAACAAGUUGGCACUCUGUUCACGGCAGUUGUACUUUAGACAGCGAACUAGUUGCACGUGUAAAAUGGCCGAAGAUAAUUUAACCGCACUUCUUAAGAAGCCCAAGGAUUUGCAGCUGGUACAAACACCGAUACCAGAAAUAGCUGACGAUGAGGUACUACUUCGUAUGGACUGUGUGGGUAUCUGCGGAUCUGACGUGCACUACUGGCAGAGUGGUGCCUGUGGACACUUCGUGCUCAAAGAACCCAUGAUUAUGGGACAUGAAGCUUCUGGAGUCGUCGCCAAGCUGGGUGCUAACGUGAAGAACCUGAAGGUGGGUGACCGUGUGGCCAUCGAGCCUGGUGUACCCUGUCGCUACUGUGAGUUCUGCAAAACCGGCCGCUACCACCUCUGUCCAGAUAUGGUAUUCUGCGCCACCCCUCCCGUCCACGGCAACCUCGCUAGAUACUACAAGCAUGCUGCUGACUUUUGCUACAAACUGCCAGACCACGUGACAAUGGAAGAGGGAGCGCUUCUAGAACCACUGUCAGUAGGCAUCCACGCGUGCAGACGUGCAGGCCUGACCGGAGGUCAUAAUGUACUGGUGCUGGGCGCCGGACCUAUUGGGCUCGUCACCAUGCUCUCUGCUAAGGCCAUGGGAGCCAGCAAAGUUCUCAUUACAGAUGUACUGCAGUCUCGACUGGACUUCGCUAAGAAGUUAGGAGCUGACGCCACGAUCCUGUCGACCAAGGACACCAGUGAAGCUGACAUGGUGAAGAAGAUACACGAACUGCUGGGAGACCAGCCUGACGUCUCCUUCGAUGCCAGUGGAGCACAGGCUACUGUCAGAAUGGCUAUGUUGGCAACGAAGUCAGGUGGCGUGGCAGUGCUGGUAGGUAUGGGUGCGCCGGAGCAGACCGUGCCGCUGGCCGGCGCGCUCGCUCGGGAGGUCGACAUACGAGGCAUCUUCCGAUAUGUUAACGAGUACCCGAUAGCCCUGAACAUGGUAGCCAGCGGAAAGAUCAACGUGAAACCACUAGUAACUCACCACUUCAGCUUGGAAGAAACUCUUCAGGCAUACGAGGUGGCGCGCCAGGGUGCCGGGAUCAAGGUCAUGAUUCAUGUCCAACCCAGGGACACCAACAACCCACUGCAUUUCCAACCUUAACUCCUAUACAGUACAGAAGAAAAUUGUUUAUCAAGUCUACCUCAAACUGUCAUUCUACUAUAGACUUUAUCACUAAACCGUUCAGUUGAAAAUCCGUUAAAGUAAUUUGACAGUUUGAGGGUUUCACAUCCUGCCUGGUAAAAAGGUUAUGUUCGCGUAUGCUAAAAUUGUCUCAUGCCGAAUCACAAUGAAUUGUUAUAACAAAAUAUCCGAAUUCACGCAAUAAUAUAUUGUAUUGUAAAGACAUAAAAUUUAAUUUUAAGUACAAACUUUGUUGUUUAGUGUAAGUUGUUAAUUGUUAAAAUUAAAAUCAUGAUUUAAUUAAAUUUCAUUUGAGAAAG